GUCUUUAAUUGAAGCAUCACCAAGACUGACCAUUGAAACUCAUACAAUUUCUGUGGAAACGAGUGAAUCUGCUGUAGUUUUUCAAUUAGAUGGUUUAACACUGAGACCUCAGACUUGUCGUGGGCUUCGAUGGAGCAGUCAGCUGGAGCUUCACUUGACACUGCAAGCUGAAUUGAAUGCUGGUGACAGUAAAGGAGGUGAUGCUGAUACUGUAAAAACACCACAUCAUUAUGCCUCAAACCAGGAUCUGUUGGUGUCCAAAAUAAAAUCCUGCCAGUCUCAUUGCUUUUGUGUUGGAUGCGGAGCACAGAUAUUCAAACCCAGCUGCAAUUUUAAGAGAGUGCUGCCUCUGCCAACGGAGAAUUGGACAGAUUUUGCUGAUAUCUGGUUUUGUCACAAUCACCAGUCAAAUGGCAAGCCCCAUGAUCACAUGCAUCACAGCCACUCAGGAGAGAGCACCCUGCCAGCUGACCUAAAGAAGGUCAAGAUCUCUGGUCUGACCCCUCGACCUGAAGAUUGUCUAGUGAGUAGUUUGUAUCUGCUAGUAAGUGCGAGGCACGUGGAGCCCUGUGCUGUUCUUUGCACUACGGACAGGAUCAUUUGCAAGCGCUGUGGAAACUUCCUAGGAUUUGUCAAACUGGGAGAUGCUGACAGUGGGGACCAUAGUCUGCAUUCCUAUUUUCAUGAUCCAUUAAAUGGUGUAUACAAGCUUUACUUUCACGCUGUCUGCUUUGGGAGCAAUUUGGAGAAAGUGCCAGUCCACAAAAUUAAGAUGCCAGAUGAUCUUGUUUCAGACCAAAUAAGUGAAAACAAGCAGGAUCAGACUGUUGAAGCAUUCAUAAGUAGCCUUCUUAAAGACCAGAGCCACCUUUACACCAGCUUCCGGUUCAUCAUUGAUUCAUCAUCCAAAGAUGAAUAUAGCAUUGUGCUUCUGCUCUGGCUCCUGGAUCAAGAACUGACAGUGUUUUUAUCAUCAGUAACUUCGGCUUCAGUACCAAUGCAUUCUCAGGUUACGCCGCUCAGUUUAGCUGCAUGUAAAUAUAUGAAGUUGUUAUAUAAAGUUACAUUCCUGCCUUCAAAUGGAUCUCAACCAGUGCAAGCAUCACCAUCUACUGUGUUCACAGCCUGGAAGAAGGAUAACACCGUCCAUAGUAUCUCCCUGCCAUACCCUUUAUGCAAACAGCUUGUCAGCCUUCUGGUGUCCAGUACCAAGCAGCUGACCAGGUCACAGCGUAACCUCAAUGGGUUUCAUGUUGGUUACUUAAAAUGUGAGCUGACCUGA